AAAACAGAUCACACCCUAUUUUGCAUAAAGCUUCAUUGAAUAUAACUUUUUAGUUGAAUUUUGUAGCCCACAAAACAAUUCACCACGUUCGUUGUUUUUAUAUUUGUGUUUUUUUUUCACUUCCUGUUUGGAGUGGUUACCCUGGCCAUGACACGGAAUUUUCUGCUCGAAAACCGGAUGAUGGUGAGCCAGACAUCUCGAAACUACCAGCUGCCUACGGUGGCGUCCAGGGCCAGGUGCCACGGACCAGCCAAGCUCGGAUUAACCACCAUUCAGCGUGGUUUGACUGUUGGUAAAGCACUACCAAGUAAGACCACCAGUCGACAGAAGCUCUCCGAGAAGCAGAUCCAAACGGAGGACAUUAGCGACGAGCGGUUUCUCAGUGCCGCCCUGCUCAAGUGCUCCGAGAAGUCCCCAUCCCCAUCACAAACCCACUUAUCAUCCCGCAGCGAAGGCGACGAGGGGGGACUGUUUCUGGGAGAGGGGCUAGGUGUGCGACGCACUGCAUCCAAUUACGAGCUGGGCAGGAUGCCCGAACGCGAUGCCUACCAACCGGGGCAGUACACACUGCACAGGCCGUUGGCCAACGCGUUCGGCAUUUUGCCCAGCGGAUUGAAUCACCUGGACACCAGUUGCUCCUCUAAUACAAAGUCAGAUGAAGAGGCAUCCUCCAGGAUAAGUUCUCCCAGAUGCCGGCAAAUGGACAUUCCGGAGGUGGUAGAUGUAGACCCGCAGGAUGUCCUAAGCCUGCAUUCCCAAUCAUCCUGCGAGGAGCUCCAUUCCAAAAAAACUCAGCCCCAGGAAGUGGAGGUCCAAGCACAGGAGGAUCAUCAGAAGGAGCUGGAGAAGCAGUCGGAGCCCCAUCUCAUCCUGCUUUCCAGUGAACAGAGAAGGGAACUUCUGGAGGCCGCCCAGGAGCGGCAAAGACAGUUGAUAUCUGAGUACAAUCGCCUGCCCCUUUCCAUGGGCACUUUGCGGGUGCGCAAUCUCAAAAAGAAGUUGGAGCGAGAGUUGGACGCGGUGGACCAUGACCUCAGCAUGCUUUUGCAGGCGAAAGUCUACUUGAAGCAGGAGAACAAUUGUGAAUCCAUUUGCCUAUCAAAAAAUGUAGACAAAAACAGGUGGUUAAAUAAAAUUUAGCUUAAACAUA